GGUAAAACGUAUGAGAGCAAUACAUUACUAUGUUUGGAAUUGACAUAGUGACACAGGGUAAAGUAUGAGGCCAAUCCAACGCAAAAUGGAUAAAAGCAUGCUAAAUAAUACAUUGGCUAAAGUCGGAACACCACGCGUAUGAGUCAGAACAUUGCAAGGCUAGGCUUUGAGUGUUGUUCACGGAUUGAAACCCUAGUCUCCUUGAAGCCUUUUGCUUUAUGACCGUUACUGUGCAAAAGCAAACCUUGUAUUGCUUCGCCGCCGCAAAAAAAAAACAAGCGACUGAAAACAGGGCCACGUGGAGGUCAUAAUAAAAAAAUAUCCCCAUCUCCAUCGUUUUCCUUGUAUGACAGGGCUACGAUCGUUCCUCAGCCACAAGUUUUUCAUUAAUAUUAGAUGAAAUUCAAUAAUCUUACUACUCUGGCCAUUGGAAAUCUUAAUUUGAGCGCUUCCAAGUAAAUUGAUUGCUAUGGCUUCGGCAAGUGAUGAACCAAAAGCAAGAGAGGUUUCGAAUGAAAGAGAAGAGAGAAAGGAGUUGAAGUACAAAGGAGUGCGCCGUCGGAGUUGGGGAAAAUGGAUAUCUGAAAUUCGGGUGUCGAAGAAGAAGAGCAGAUUAUGGCUUGGGUCAUAUGACAGUCCUCACAAGGCCGCUAGGGCUUACGAUGCAGCUGCUCUGUGUUUGAAGGGUCCCUCCGCUCUGCUCAAUUUUCCUCACGCUGCACACACUCUGCCACGCCCCACUCAAUCUCUUCCUCGAGACAUCCAGUCCGCUGCUUCGAAGGCUGCGCAGACAUUCGAUGAGCACAGAAUGCUUUUACUUUCUCUUCCCUCAGAAGCCCAAUCUUCGAAACCCCCUGAAGAAAAAGAAAAUUGCUGUGAAUCGGGGCAAGAGAAUGAUAGAAUAUUGCUGUCAAUGGGCGAAGUGGGGCCCGGGGAAGAUUUGAUAUUUGAGUCGCCGGAUAUGAUGCAGAAAAUGGCGGAGGCUCUUCUAAUCACACCCCCUCCAGUACAUGACUACGAUGAUGGCAGUAAACCAGUGGAGCCACUUUACCCCCUGUGGAAUGAUUGAGUGAAUUUACGAAUUUUCUCAGUUUCUAAUUAAGGUUGCUGCAAAAAAAAGUUGUUUAGGUAGUUACUUAACUUAAACUUGCGUGUCCGCCAGGGUGCCGGAAAAUCUUGUGGACAUGGCUUAGGUUAAAGUACGGAUUGUAGGGCAUUAUGCAAAUCGGCCGACCCCACCGAGAAAUUUUUUUAUGAUGCUUUAUCCAUUUUGCUCUGCCCCCCUACGAGCAUAUUUUUUUAUUAACUAUUCUUUUAACAAGGAAAUUGUCGGGCGAACCAAAUAAAUGUAUAUAUACAAUUGAUUAAUGAGAAAAUCGCAAAAAACGAAAUAUUGAUACAUGGUUGGAGUCGAUCCAAAAUUAUGAAUAUAAUACGUAAUUGGAGUCGAUCCAAAAAUA